AUGCCCUCUACCACGCUACUGUUUCCACAGAAGCACAUCAGGGCCAUACCAGGCAAGAUGUACGCCUUCUUCAGGCAGCUCGUUAGCGGAGUAGUGAUAUCCAAGCCGGAUCUAGGUCAGCACCUUCCUUCCGAAAAUGUUAUGGAGCAGGAUGGUGAGAAACUAGAAGAUGAAGAGAAAACGACCGGGGGUUUGUUUCCUGAGUCGAACAACAUCGAUCGCUCCUUAAAUGGUGGAUGCUCUGUCAUCCCUUGCUCCAUGGAUGCCAGCGAUUUGAACACGCCAAUAUCAAUGACGCUAUCUCCCGAGAAUCGCGUCAAAUGCGAAGUAAACUUCAAAUCAUUGCUGGGCUCCAGGCCGGAACAAGACAUCGGGGCCCCGAUGAAAAUGUCUAGUAGCGUGACAAGCUCUCCAUUGAGUCCAUCGGGCUCCACUCCGGAGCAUUCUAGCAAGGUCUUGAGCAACGGUGAAGAGGAGUUCAUCUGCCACUACUGUGAUGCUACAUUCAGGAUCAGAGGAUACUUAACAAGGCACAUCAAAAAGCACGCCAUCGAAAAGGCGUAUCAUUGUCCUUUCUUCAAUGGCGCUACUCCUCCGGAUCUUAGAUGCCACAAUUCCGGCGGGUUUAGCAGACGUGACACCUAUAAGACCCAUUUGAAGGCAAGACACGUGUUGUACUCGAAGGGUGUCAAACCGCAGGACCGCAACAAGUCGUCUGGUCAUUGUGCACAAUGUGGCGAGUACUUCUCGACCAUUGAAAAUUUUGUAGAGAGUCACAUAGAAUCUGGCGAUUGCAAAGCCUUGCCGCAAGGAUAUACAAAGAAGAAUGAGAAAAGAUCCGGCAAGUUAAGAAAAAUUAAAACCUCCAAUGGCCAUUCUCGAUUCAUAUCCACUUCACAAAGCGUUGUGGAACCAAAAGUGCUUUUCAAUAAAGAUGCCGUAGAAGCCAUGACCAUAGUAGCUAACAACAGUUCGGGAAACGAUAUCAUCUCCAAGUACGGCAACAAUAAAUUGAUGUUGAACUCGGAAAACUUCAGAGUCGACAUACCAAAGAGGAAAAGAAAAUAUACGAAGAAGAAACAGCAGCAGGUCUUCGAGUCGACUACAGCAGUCGACAGUAGUCAGCAAGUCAUUCCGGAUGAGAUUUCAUCUGUCACAAUUUUUUCACCCUUCGACACUCACUUUCUCGAGCCCGUUCCUUCUAGUUCAUCAGAAUCUUCUGCGGAUGCUGUGCCCCAUAGUAAGCAAGUGGAAAAUAUAUCGGGGCUGGUAAACAGCUUCACAAAUCAACAGCAAAAGUCACAAGAAAUUCCAAUCUUCAUGCCACUGGAUAUUGAACAAUCUUCCUACGAAUUGAACGACAGCGUACUGUCAUACCCGAUAGUAUACACACAAAAUAAUCAUAAUAAUCCACAGUAUGCCAAUACAAAGAUUUCUCAAAUUCUAGAAACACAAACUAAUCCAGAAUAUGUCAGCAGAAGUCACAUAAGAGAGACGCAACAAUAUCUGGAUUUUUAUAAUGACAAUUUUGGGUCUCAGUUUUAA